AUGUUAAUGAUUUAAGAGAAAAAUGGAAUGAACUCACUGAAUCCCAGGUAUUUGGUUGUCAAUUUGAAUAUUUUAUCUCUUGGGAUCCUAGUACGGCUUGCUUUGCUCGUGGUCCCGAGGGGAUCCUAGUACGGCUUGCUUUGCUUGCGGUCCCAGGGGAUCCUAGUACGGCUUGCUUUGCUUGUGGUCCCGGGUAUUUGGUUGUUGAAUUUGAAUAUAGGGAUCCUAGUACAGCUUGCUUUGCUUGUGGUCCCUUAAAAUUCUUUAAAUCAAUACCGGCGGGAAUAACCUUUUACUACUUCAUGGAUAAUCUCAGAAAAGAUUUGGAACAUCAUAUGGAAGCUGUCUUAGAUGAAG